GAACUCCUGCUCUCCUGCAUCUCCAUUUCCUCUCCUCUCACAGAUUCAUCUUUGGAGUUUAUGUUUUUCCUUAGCUCUUGAUCUGUUCAGGCACAAAAUCAGGAUGCCCCACGAUGGUAUCUAUUUAUCAUGAAUACUAUAAAUUCCAGAUACACUGGGGGUAUGCUGCCUAUAUUCAACUUGAACUUUGCAGAAAUCCCUCUUUUGGUGGCAGCCAACACACUUUGCCAUGCCAACAGGUGGUGGUGGUUCCCAGCUGGCCCUCUGGCAUGACACACACUAAAGUAGAAAAGAAGCAGGAUAUGUUAGGGGGAGAGAUGUGUUAUGGGAGGCCACAGCUGUUGUUCUUCUGCAUAUCCAGAUAGCUGCUGGCUGAGCUUGGAAUUCUGUUUGCUUACCAAACAGGUCCUUCAGGAUGGGCUGGCAGAGGGCACUGCAGGAGGGCUGCUGUGUGCUGACAGGACUGCUGCAGGCAGGCCCACUGCAAACUUUCUCAAACAGCUCUGCUGACUCACCUCAAUCCCACUCCCUGGAGCUCCUUCCCCUUCCCCUGCUGAGCAGCAAGAAUCUCUGAACAGCAAAUAUAAGGAGAGGACCAAACUGAGUGCUGAGGAAUUGCAAAGUUCCUUGCAGUUGCAAAUUAUCUGGCUAAUAUGCUCUUGGCGAGUCAGCACGAUCUGCAAUCAAAGUGUUAGUCUUUUCUCUCAGGCAAUAGCCUGAGAGACAGUGGCCUCUCAGAAGAGGUGUUGGCCAGACAGAAGAUUUGUGGAGAUCCCAUAAGGAAGAAUUUGAAGGAGAGGAGAGAGUGCAGUCACUCAUCUGCAGCAAUCUCUUAUGACACCUCUGGCAACACAGCACCAAUUUUCCUACGUGAGCAUUAUAAUUCCAUGCUACCUCCCCUUAAAAACCAUUGGGUUACACACAAGAACAGGUCCAAUAAUGCUGCCCAGCACCCAAAAAUAAGCAGAACAACGAGCUGAAAAGGUUUUUUCCUCUCUCUUGCAUACACACUUGCACAGUGAUAAGACGAGAAGGAAUGUUUUCAAGUUGUGCCAGGGGAGGUGCAGGUUGGGUAUUGGGAAACAAUUAUUCUCAGAAGGAGUGGUGAGGCAGUGGCACAGGUUGCUCAGGGAGGUGCUGGAGUCACCGUCACUGGAGGUGUUCAAGAGCUACAUGGAUGAGGCCAAUAAUGUGGUUGCCCUUUUGAAUGGAUUAAAGCAAACUCUUAAGAGGGUACAUCUGGGCAUGGUUCUUCAGGGCAGCAAGCAAGACAGCAGGCAUUGGUACUUUCUGGUGUGUACUGCCAAUACAAGGGCAAUAGGGGUGGCCAGCUGGGCUGCAAACAGAGUUGCUAUAUGGGACAGAUUCUCUUCUGGUCUUCAUUGGAAACAAAUCCUAACACUCUAAGUGCUUAAACUAUGGUGAGUUUUUCUCCCUGUCACAAAAUACUCGGGGACAUUGUGGGGCAAUAUUAAGAAGUAAUGUAUGAUGGCACAGUAGUAUGGUUUCCCAUGUGGUGCCUUAAACUUGUUUUUGCUCUGAAGGAAUGGGUAUGUACCCUGUACCAGAUGUGGUUUGCAAUAAACUAACUUUCAUGCUCCUUGUUUCAUGAGGCUCUUUAGAGAUUUAUCACUGGAUCACAAGGUUCUGUAUAAUGCUGUGUCUCAGCAGGUUAAUUUUUGAGUUUUCUGCUCCUCCUCAAACAGUAACUUCCUGAUUUUCUCUCCAGGGCCAUUUGUCACACAGAGGUGGAUAUUCUCCUGCUCCUCUUCCCUUGUGCAUGGUCCUGAGGGAGGAGAUGCUGGGCUGGGUGAAGUGUCCUAUGCUACCCCAGAUUUGUAGUUCACUAUCUUAAUAAUGAUGGUUUGUUUGCCCUCAUAGCACUGAGAAGACACAAUAGCUUAAAAGGCCUAGUUUUGCAAAGAUGUAAUUAAAACAGCCAAACUUCACAUAGGCACUCUCUAAAUCAGGUUUGCACUGAUUGGUGUUGUUUUCACAGCACUGUAAAUUGUUCGAUGUUGUACAGCUAUAAACAACACAAGACAUGUAAUACAGGAGAGUUACAAAUGCUACUUGGAGCUGCCUGACUGCCUCGGUGGUAGUUCACAGUGGUUUGAACGGUUGUCCUUGGAGGAUAAUGCAACAAAAUUUACACAGUGCUUAGCUGCAAGAGUGCUUCAUUGCCAGGCCAAUCAUUACUUUUCCUUAGACUCUGCCCUAGGGACCAGGGUUACCACCAAUACCUUUCACAGUUCCUUUUUACACAGAAUGAUAUAACAUUUUCGACUAAAAUGAUGCAAAUGAAUAAAAAAAUUUUGCUCUGAUCCCGUUUAAUUUCAGGAGCUAAACUGAAAAACAAGAUCAAAUGUGAUCACCUUGGAUUACUUUGCCUUUGCCCAUUCGGUCUGAGUGCAAGCAGCAGUGAUAAAGGGAGAGCCACUUUGCAGAGUAUGUACCCAAUAGUGCCUAAAAUACUACGGGCCUGCUGAGCCGGAGUUAUAAUUGGUUUAACACUUUUCUUUUUUGUCUCUCCCAAAAGAAUACUAAAAGUGGGUUUUAAUUUACCUUCAAUUAGCAUUUCCUUGGUUUUCACCCUGUAAGCUGUUAACAUCUCAACAAGCUGCAGUCACUCGGUAGAAAUUACACACAGCUAAGUUUUUUUUCUGCUGUACCACAGCAAGCCGUGUUGUAAAAGCUAGGAGAAAUAAACACUGGUUCAGUUUGCCUUGCUUGCCAUGUUGGUGAACAUUACUUCUGUCUCUGUGAAAGUGUUUCAGUAUGAGCCCAGUGUUGGCUGUGCGACAUGCUGGACCCAAAGGGGUUGACUCUGGCUGGUGUACAAGUGCAAAUUCUGCUUUCCACAUGCAUGAUGACACUGCAGGGCACAUUUCUGGGCACUCUGCAACUGGCCAGUAUGCAAGCAGGAGUAUUUUUUUUCUCAGGAAAGUAAAUUUCUGCACAGUCAGCUGAGUGCAGCAAGUAGUGACCAUGGCAGUAACAGUUUUUCUGUGGUCGUUUUCAUACUUCACUUCCCCAAAUCUUUGCUGGUUACCCAAAAUACACAUAAUAUGUAAAGACACAUGUUAUUAACUCUUUUCUUGGUUCCAUGCUCCCCUGGCAGAACAAACUUGCCCAAUACCAAGUGUGCAUUUUCUAAUGUACUUCUGCCUUCAAAAGGACCCUCCUCCCCAUGCUUCCCUCAGCUGGCCAAGCUCCACUUAUAACUUUUAACAAGUUCAGUGCUCUCUGUGAGAUCAUGAGGCUCAGGAACAAUUCUUACUAAAGAAGCCUCUCUUACAGCUUUGCCACCACUUUAAUUCCAGCAACACUGAGUUAUGCUGCCAUGAGAUGAGUCAAAAUGCUGUUUGCUUGGAUAGUAUUCAGUGACAGAGAGAAGGAAAAAGCCUAUAUUCUGAUUGUGUGGGCUUCACAGGCUUUGACGAGUGAUUCACAAGGCAUAGGAGAGCUGCAGAAAUUUUCUGCAGGCUCCCAAAAGCUGAAACAUGCACACUGGAUUGAAGCCCAUAGGUGAGAGCAGAGCUCUGCUGCCCAAAUGUGGAGUGCCAUGCAUUUUUGGGCCCUUCUAGUCUAGGGGAAAUGAGGAGGCAGUUUCUCUUCCAGCUCAGGCUUCUCUUAGUCCCACCCAGGAGGGCUAGUUCUGCUGACAAAAGGUGUUCUUCCUCAAGAACAUCCUGCAUCUUUCUCUGCACCAAAGUCUUGAUGCAUGGCUGAAGUCCAUCGGGGGUGUGAAACUCUCCCUCUGUUUGUCUUUUGGUGUAGCUGCACAGCUUUCACAGUAGCGCAAAGCAAAUGGCUAUAAGAGUCUGAAGGUGUAAAGCUGCUCAGAAUGGCUUCUUGCAGUGUGGAAAAUACAGAAAACCCAGCUAUUUCCUGGGUGGAAGGAAAUAGUGCUAUAAUGAAUCUAACGAUCUGUCCCUAUUCUGGUCCAAAAAGGAAAUAAAAGGAAAUUCAGAGAACAGAGCAAUAGACACAGCAAGCAUUUUUAUUGGUAAAAAUUUCCAGUUAGGGCUCUUGGCAGCUGCUAAUUGCCUUAAGUCUCGGUGCCAGAGAAUUGAGAUUUCAUCCAUAUUUAUAUAUUGGCUAACGUAACUCUAGAAACUCCCAACAAUUCCCAACAGCCAGCUGAUUGCCUAAUUCUUUCUUGAAUCCUGCGGAGCUCGUGGUCUUUAGGAUGCCUUCUGACAGACUGUAACCACAUGUAUAAACACACAUACAAACUAUAAACACGUGCAUGUGUUCUUACACAAUGUGCAUGUGUUUCCCUUGUAUUUGUUGCAUGUCUGUUUUCUUUGAACAUCCCUUGUUCUUGGAUUACAGAUGCAAGGGAUAAAUAAAACCCCAACUUGUCUCCUCUGAGUCAUUUAAUACUUUGCAUCCCUCCCAGUGAAUGCUUGGACGUGGUUCUGUGCGUGUGUAUACUGUAGCUGUGCAGUGUGUGUUGGUUAUGAGAUGUGGCCAUUGUUCAUUAAUUCCUUUGGUAGUGUUCUCACAUGUGGGAGGGACAGAUGAUGUGGAACAUAUUACUUUAGAAUUGUUUCAGAACAGCAUUUCGCUUAAUUAUGAACUAGGCAAGGGGGUGUAGAACCAACAAAGGCAAAACAGAUGCUACAGGAAGGGAUGCUGGGGGGGGCAAGCUAUGGAAUGCAGCCUUAUCUCAUGCCAUUCCAGACAGUCGUGCUCACUUAUUGGUUCAAACUCUGCCACUACAGCAAGGAAUAAAAUCUGCACGUCAGCAGUUGGAGUGGAGAAUAUUAUAAUAACUUCUUGGAACCAGUUGUAAUAUCCCUUCCUAUUCUAAUUGUAAUAUCAGAGUAAUCUACACCUAGUUUCUUGGAAUUGUAAUAUCUCCUAUUCUUAUUGUAAUAUCAGAAUAAUCUAUGUUCAGUUUCUUAGAAUCAAUUGUAAUAUCCCCUCCUAUUCUUACACGUGUAUAACUUGUCUCUACAAAUAUGCUUAAACUGUCCCUUUAUGGUGUGCAGGUUAGGAGAGGCUACUCCUUCUGCACCCAGAAUGCGUAUGCAGAACUGUAAUUAAAAAUAUACCUGCUUUAUAAUCACUUCGUGGUUAUGGAGUCAAUUCAGUAUUGGUUGCAAGAUACAAAAACAUCAGUGCUAUCCAGGUGAUUUCUUUCUUAACCUGACCUGUCUCCACACCACACCAGAAUCUGGUGGUCUGGAAUGGCAGAUUUAAGCAGGUAACUGUCACCUUGGCUUUUUUGUUGGUUCACCUAGAAACAGAAUGUUUGAUGCUGGGUGGAGCUGAACAGAACUAAUGUACAUCUAGGAUUUUUGGAGCGCUGGAGAGCAUGUUUGCUCAUUUUGCUUUGUUUUUCGUUUUCCAGCUUCUCAGUUGCACCUGUGAAAGAAGUAGCUUCAUUCAGCCAAGUGUGGUAUCAGUAGUCUUUGGUGGGUAGGGAGAUGACCGGGCAGAGUGACAAGGUGGGCUGCUAGAGAGAUCACACUCUAAAUUCCUGCUUCCUGCAAAGGAAGAGCUGAAGAGAGAAGGAAGAAACUACAGAAAGAGGUUGAAGGGAAAUCUGGAUUAUACAUUAAGACAUUGAUUACCUAUUGGUUUGAAGAAGGCCUGAAGGUGAGGAAUUGCUGGCUAAGGGAGAAAGUAGUAUAUUGGUUUUGUGAUAAUGGAGCGUUGGAGGGUCAGACCCGUUUUUUCUCAUCAUUUGUUGUAUGCUUGAUGGCUGUUUGUAAAACCUACAGAGAGCUGCCAAGCUCUGACUUUUACAAAUUGGGUAUACCCGUGCAGUCCCUUCCCCAGUCCUUUCCCAGCAUCCCCAGGUGAAGCACAGAACAUGCCGAGGGAUCAAGCAGGCCUGGUGAACCUGAGUGGACACUUGCAUGAAUAGCUUGCAUCAAGGCUGCAUGCAUCAAGGUGACAUUUCCUUCUCCUUCUCUGGGUUGAUCCCAGAGAAGAAAUAACAGGCAAAAAACACAGGGAGAGAGACUAAUGAGACUGCAAAGUCAGAGUUUGCAAGACCUGGCCGUGAUGGGCACAUUAAAGAUAUAUCCAUUAGUCUCUUAGUAAGAUUUUACUUGGAAUCUGCAGGCAUUUGAGUCACUUCUGGUAAUCACAUUGUCUUAUUCUUGCUUGUAACCAUGCUUGAAAACUGUGAAGAGGUGCAGAGAAGCUCCAGCACUUGGUCUGAAGGAUUGAUGUUGGUGUUCCGUGUGAAAGCAUAGCUCCUGUUGAGGUUGGUACAGCUGAAGAGAAGACACAACACUAUAGGUGUUUGCCUUAUGUUUGUCAUAGGGAACGAAGGAAAAGGGUUGUAGGAGAAGCCUAUCCAUCCAUACGGAUAAUGCUGAAACUAACUCAGAAUGUUUUGCUGUGGCACCAUCAUCUGUUACACUUCUUCAGGAACCAGAGAGCACAAAGUGCCUUGUCUGUGUCCUGUGUCCUCUGUCUUUCAUCCAACAAGGAGGAAGCAGAGUGAGAUGAUGUGAGAGACCUAGAGGCAAGCUGCCCUCUGUGCAGGCAAUCUCCCAGAAUGAGACUGUGUACAACACCCCCAAAUCAUCUCUUUGGUUUGCAAAAGACCAUGUUGUUCCUGUCCUGAACUGAAGCCUCUCUGUCAUUGCAACAGCAUUGCGUAAGAUUUACAGUAGGUUACACGCAUUCUUCUGUUGACUGUGCACAUACAAAGUUUCAAAGCCAGUAACAGGUCUGAACAUAGCUGGCAAAGUGGGUGGGCACAAUGAAGCAUUCUGAUCCAGUUUCUUGCCCCCAAAAAUGCAGGAAGUUGUUCUGCAGGAAGAGUACAAUGUAGCAACGAAAUGGAGCUUAAGCUAAUGCUUCACUUGGAUGUGGCCUCUAGUCUAACUAGUUCAGGAACAAAAAUAAUUAUCCUUGCACUCAGCAGGUAGGGCAAGAAUAUGUGGAAACAGGAACACUGUUUUGAGCAUUCAGUGCUGUAUUACCUCAGUUGCUAAACUGCUUCACAGAAAUGGUGCUAUAUACCCUGUUUCAUAAAAAAAAGGGGCAUUGCCUCUGCUUUGCAGUCACAGCCGAAGGUAUCUCAUACAGCAAGAUUAGGCACUGUUUCUCACUGCUGCCCCACUUGCCUUCAAAGGUUAUGUUAUAUACUACCUGCAAUGGAUGGAAGUGCUGUGUCUUCAUCUGUCUCUUUCUUUCAGGGCAGAUUAGCAGUACCUUCAAGAAAGAAAUCUGGACUUCGGACAUGUCAGACCCUGCUGGGAAGGGACAGGAAGGAAAUUCGUUUCUCUUUGGACUUCAUUGUGCAGUCCCAGUGUUAAAGACAGUGAGGAUGCUCUGACUGAAUUCCAAAGCUUUCAAAAUGAAGAGGCAUAAGUUUCCCUACAGGUGUCCCACAAGAAAGAAGAUUCUGAUCCUGUGUUUUACAGGGUGGGUGAUUGCACUCCUGAAGCUCCUCCAUGUUGAAAGACACUUUUUUCCACCUAAGAGUAUUUAUCUGGUCGAGCACUUCUUGAGCACUUCUUCAUAUGUCAGAAACAGAUAUUCCUAUCUUAGAAACCACUUCCAGUAUGAAAUUAACUGUUCGUCUAUCUAUGAGCAAGAUCCUCAGGAAAUUGGCAAGAGUUUAGAGAUAAGAAGGAAAGAUAUAAUUGAUUUAGAUGAUGAAGAUAUCAUUGCAAUGACAAAUGAUUGUGACAGGUAUCGUACCCUGAGGAAAUACCACCUGAUACCUGUUUCUCCAGAGGAAGAGAGUUUUCCAAUAGCCUAUUCUUUUGUUGUCCACAAAGAUGCAGUGAUGGUUGAAAGGCUCAUACAUUCACUGUACAGUCAUCAAAAUAUAUACUGCAUUCACUAUGACCGAAAAGCAGCAAAAAGUUUUAAAUCUGCUAUGAACAAUCUAGCUAAAUGUUUUCCCAACAUUUUCAUUGCGUCAAAACUGGAGAUGGUGAACUAUGCACAUAUUUCAAGACUGCAAGCAGAUUUAAAUUGUUUGUCUGAUCUGAUGAACUCUGCGGUCCCCUGGAAGUAUGUUAUUAACUUGUGCGGCCAAGAUUUCCCUUUGAGAUCAAAUUUCCAGUUGGUUGCUGAACUGAAGAAACUCGGUGGGGGAAACAUGCUGGAAACUAUAAAGCCCAGUAGUAGCAAAAAAGAACGAUUUACUUAUCAUUAUGAACUUAUGAAAGUGCCUUACGAAUACAUGCAGAUGCCUGUGAAAACCAACAUUUCCAAGAACCCACCACCUCAUAAUAUUGAGGUAUUUGUUGGCAGUGCCUAUUUUGUUUUAAGUCGAGCUUUCAUUCAGUACAUCCUUAGCAGCUCUCUUGUAAAAGACUUUUUUGAUUGGUCGAGGGAUACUUACUCUCCAGAUGAACAUUUCUGGGCCACUCUUGUGCGUGUUCCUGGUGUGCCUGGGGAAAUUUCGAGGUCUGCCCAAGACAUCACAGACUUGCAGAGCAAAACUCGUUUGGUGAAAUGGAAUUAUCUUGAAGACCAUUUGUAUCCUCCAUGCACUGGUACCCAUCUUCGUAGCGUCUGCAUCUAUGGGGCUGCAGAAUUAAGAUGGCUUAUGAAUUAUGGGCACUGGUUUGCCAAUAAGCUUGACUCCAAAGUAGAUCCUGUCCUGGUAAAAUGCUUGGCAGAAAAACUGGCAGAACAACAAAAAGAGUGGGUUUAUUUGUCUUCUGACAAACAUUUUCUGCGUAUCAAUCCUGCAAAUGCCUCUCUAUAGCAAUGCUGUUUUUCCAGCUGCUGGUACUGUGUACUGCUAUAGCUUGGUGCCUGGGAUUCUCCAGCCCUGACCUGCUGCAGAGGAGUUCCUUCUGCAUUAAGUUCAGGACUUUGAAGAGAGAGGUAUCUGGAAACAAUCUGUGAAAUUAACAACUCUCUGGUUGACUGUUCUUUAACUUGCCACAACAAUCCCAUAACUAUUCUUCAAGGUGAUUCUGGAAGCGUAAGGCUUGCUUUUGGAAGCCCUGGUACUAUUUACUCUAAUGGAAUACUUCAGAAACCUGUUUUACAUUGUGUGUUUGUGUCUUUCCUGAGAAACCCCACCAUGCUUGUUCGCCUGUCCCCUUUUCCUGCACUUUUUCAAUAAGGUAUGAAACAAAGACCUCUGCAUCUGCUACCUCAGGAAAAUUGGAAGUGCCCAGCUUGCAGACACAAUUAAGAGAGCAGUGUGACUGCUGCAGCCUGGAGUGCCCCUCUUUCCACCUGCAGGUGCUGACAGGGCUGCAAUGUGAACUCUUCUGGAUGCCACAAGGGAAGAAGUUACCCUUGGAUGCCACAAUAGCAUUGUGUCCUUCUCCCAGCUUGGCUGUGCAUGGUUUGUCUUUCUGUGUUUGGAAGUGUGCUGUGCCUGUGGAAUGGGUGGUGGUGGAUUGAAGCAAUCUGUGUGAACACAUGUGAAUAAUGCUCUACUGUUCUUCAAGGGCAGUACAGGUAACCAUGCCAAACGAUGUCUGCCUUCGUUUCUAUCCCUGCCAGUAGAAAUAUCCUCCUGUGAAAUCCCAGUUCUUCUGAGACAGGAUUUUUACAUGUAAUGAGUAACAAGUGCUAUUUAUAAUCAGUAUUCAGCUUGGUGGUGCUAUGCUGAAAUGCAAAACACUCAAUGUCCAGCAGCAAUCGUACGAACAGUCACACUGCAGAUAGGAAGGCCUUGCAUAUGCAUCCAUGGUCCCAGGCUGAUCUGUGCCCAGAGAAGUUCUGCUUCAAAGCACGUUAGCAUUGAAGUAGCUGUGCCCCAAGGCAGCCCAUGCUGCCCAUGGUCCCCACCAUAGGAAGGGGCUGAGCAGCCUCCUCUCAGCUGGGCUGUCAUGUAGUAUGAGCGAAGUGUUGGUCAGCACAGAAACUUUGUGACUAAGAAAUGCCCUUUAGCAUUUCUGGGGAUUCUCCACAAUUUUGCUAUGCCACCAGCUCGGUUUUGGUGGUUCCAGUGGGUGUUGUGGUCGUGCUUGCUCUGUGCUACUGUGCCAUUUCUGGAUAUCUAGCGCUUUUCAAGGUAUCCUGUGUUACUGAUCCUUAGAUUGCCACAACAAUGCCAUGUGGCCACAAGAAAGCUUAGUUUCUUUUUUGAGUUUUAGGAACCAACUCAUUCCUUUGUCUCUGUUUUUCGAAAAAUCAGUUUUUUAAAAUUUAAUCAUGGUCAACAUGCUUGUGGCUUGAGAUCGGGCUUGAAUGAAGAGUCCAUACCUUUUCCCCAUUUGUGACACUGAUUUCCUUUGAGCCUUCAGACAAGUCAUCUGACUUCUGUUCCAGCUGUAAAACGGGAACAACAAUGCUCUGCUACCUUGUAAAGCAUUUAGAAACCUAUGGAUGUUUGUUGUGGGCUGGUUGCACAGUACUAUUUGUUCAUCAAAGCUAUUUAUGAUUAAGUCUGUGUGUGCACAAGUUGAAUAUUUCUCUUAUUUACUGUUUCUCAAAUAAAUGGGGAUUAUUUUUUA